AUGAAUCGCCAUGAAGGAGUCAGCUGUGAUUCAUGUUUGAAAAAUAACUUCAGGGGACGACGAUACAAAUGUUUGAUUUGCAUCGACUACGAUUUGUGCGCUACUUGCUAUGAAUCUGGCGCAGUCACGAAUCAACAUACAACAGAACAUCCUAUGCAAUGUAUUCUUACAAGAAGUGAUUUUGACCUAUACUAUGCUGGAGAGACACAGGCUCUGGAACAGCCUCAGGCAUAUACAUGCCCCUUUUGCAACCGUAUGGGUUUCACAGACACAACACUUAUGGAACAUGUGACUGCAGAACAUGCAGAUACAACCCUUGCUGUGGUAUGCCCAGUCUGUGCCUCAUUAUCGGGUGGAGAACCAAAUUUUGUGACUGAUGACUUUGCUGGCCAUCUUACCCUCGAACAUCGAACUGGACCAAGAGAUCUCAUCUCUUUUCUGGAUGAACCCAGCGGUAUCAGGCAUGGUGGUGUCCGUCGCAUGCCUCCUUCAGGUCGCGGGGUCAGCCGCGCCCGUCGCACCAAUAUGCAAUUCAGCACAAGCGGUGGCAUAUCCUCUCUCUCGCCAUCGUCGCGCGACGCGGUCGUCGACCCGAUAGCGGAGCUCCUGUCACAGCUGUCUGGAGUGAGGCGUGGCGCCGGCCAGCCCGGGACGCCCAGCCAGCUGCAACAGUUGCAGAUGCAACUGCAGCUUGAACGGCAGCAGGCUACGGCGGCUCGUCAGCAGCUGGAACGGCUACCGCGCAGGGCUGCCGCUUCUUCGAGCGGCGCGGCCGCUCCUCCGCCCGCACCGCAGCCCGCGGCGCCACAGCCGCAACCCGACACCCCUGACUCCAACUUCCUGCUCUCCGGCUUCCUAGGCGCAACGAGUUCUGCAAGCAGCGAAGAGGCGGAGUCCCGGGCGGCGUUGCUCCGUGGACUGAUGCUCGCUUCGCUGGGGCGCGCUCCCCCGGCCCCCCCUCCCGCGCUGCCCCCGCAGCCUGCACCCCCCUCGCGGCCCUCGCAGCCACCGCAACCGAUCGCACCUCCCGCAGCUCAGCCGCCGCAGCCGGCCCAACCAUUGCCGCGCACGAAGCCGCAACCCCGCACCAAAGUA